AGCUAUCCAAGGUCCACACCCUGUUCCCUCUUCGCAGCACUCCAGUCCUGACCCCCCCUUAUAAACAUGUACUACCUUUGCUGGUCGCGGGUUAGGACGUGGUGCCACGCCAGAAUCUUGGGAACGGAGGAUCUGGGACCGGGCAGCAAGGCCGAGGGUGAAGGAGUUCGCCGGGAACAUUCUGGCGAGGGAAGCGGAACAAAAGAGAUGCUCGAUUUGCGUGCUUUGCGGUGCGGGUCGCGCUAGUCGCUGCGGAGGGGUGCGCGGGGUCGAGCUGCAGAGAAGUGUCGAACGAACGGAGAGGAAGAGGAGAGGCGCGCCUUGUCCGAGGCAAUAACGAUCUCGCUCGUUCCUGUUGCGACAGAGUGCACCGUAGUCUGGGUAGUAGAAAAGUUGGAGAAUGUCUCUCCCUCUCGAUCUACUGUUCGGCGUUCUGGGACAGCGGAUUGACUGUUUGGCCCGAAUCAUUCAAGAUUAAAGCGAUCCCUCGGAUUCCUAGCCAUUGCAAAGCUUCUCGGUGUACAUGAUGAGGAGACAUAGUUGA